AUGGUUUGUGAAGGCCCUGAUCCUCCCGACAAUUCGUCCCAAGAUGUGAUACCUCCGUCACGUCAUGACCUUAUAACGAAUGGUAACGAAGAUAGUGAUGAUGAACAGAACGAGCACUUCGGUUACGAACCUUUACCUCAGGGGCCAGAAGCCGUGCUUUCAGAUCACGAUUCGGACAAUGAGACUGAUACCGCGGAAGUGCAAGCACCAGUCAAUAAUAUACCCCAUAUAGAACCAAUGGACUCUGCUUUAACUAGGGAAGUGUGGAGUAUGCCUCGACCUAAUGAUACAAUUCAAAUGGAUAGUGAAAGAGUACAACAGGUUAUGUCCAUAAUGGCCAACUUUGCAUUACCACAAGCUUCCAUACCCGAGUGGGCACAGAGCGUGUCAGAAGAUCAAUGGAGACAGACCCUCAAUGAUAGAUUAGAAAAGUUACAAGGAAAUACAUGA